AUGUCGGUCUUCCAAACCCAGAAAACCGCGCUCAUAACCGGUGCGGCCUCGGGAAUCGGUUUCGCGACCGCCAAGCUCUGCCGCAGUCGGGGGAUGCACCUUGCGCUGCUCGAUAUCGAUGCUGCCAACCUUCACAAAGCGAAAGAAGAACUCGCUGCCGUUGAUCCUUCUCUCAAGACCGAGUCAUAUGAGAUCGAUGUUGGUGAUAAGAACAGGUGGUCUGAAGUUGCAACUGCCAUCAAGUCGGUAUUCAGGGGAGUGGACCUCGUCUUCUUGAAUGCGGCAAGGCCACAGAGAGCGCAGAGUCAGUAUGUAGGAAAGAUGAAGCCUUGGGCGGAUGUAGAGUCAUGGAAGAAGACAUUCGAUACUAAUGUCUUCGGACCGCUGAACGGCAUCGAGGCCAUUCUUCCGUUGCUUCUGUCAACCGACACACCGAAGUCCGUCGUUAUCACAGGCUCCAAGCAAGGAAUCACAAAUCCUCCAGGAGGUGGUGUUCCAGCAUACAAUGCCUCCAAGGCCGCCAUCAAGAGCCUUACGGAGCACCUUGCUCAUGAUCUUCGGUCGGAUCCCGCAACUGCACAUAUAUCUGCACAUCUGUUUGUCCCUGGGUGGACCUGGACUGGAUUGAUGGGUAAUGUUGGGCCUACACAGGAGGAGAGUGUCAAGAAGAUGGCUGGGGCGUGGUAUCCUAGUCAAGCUGCGGAGGUACUGGUCGAUGGAGUGGAGAAGGGAUCGUUCUAUAUUAUCUGCCCCGAUGGAGAGACCGAUUGGCCAUUGGAUCAGGCUAGAAUGCAGUGGGCUAGCGAUGAUGUUGUGGAAGGGCGACCGGCGUUAUCUCGUUGGGAGGCGAGUUGGAAGGAACGAGCGGAAGCAGGCAUUCGCACUGAUGCUGAGCAACGGAGAAACAACGAGAGAGAUGCGGAGGUUAGCGUGGGGGUGGCCUCCGUCUUUGGCCCUUUGGAGGUCAAGGCACAGGAGUUACAGUCGCUUAUCAUCGUCUUCUUCUGGUAA